AUGUCCAAAAGAAAAGAUAUCGAUGAAGAAGUUUCUGCUGACCCUUCGGAUUUGCUGCAGUUUAUCAAUCUAGGAGCUGGCAAUGAGGUUGGAAGAAGCUGUCAUAUUCUUCAAUACAAAGGAAAAACAGUAAUGCUGGAUGCUGGUGUUCAUCCUGCUUACAAUGGCCUCGCAGCUUUGCCAUUUUACGAUGAAUUUGAUCUCAGUACUGUCGAUGUUCUACUAGUCAGCCACUUUCAUUUGGAUCAUGUUGCAUCUUUACCCUAUGUGAUGACGAAAACAAACUUUAAAGGUCGUGUGUUCAUGACUCAUCCUACGAAGGCUGUUUGCAAAUGGUUACUAUCAGACUACGUUAAAGUCAGUAAUGUCGGCGUAGAGGAUCAGUUGUACGACGAGAAGGAUUUGACGGCAGCUUUUGAAAGAAUGGAAGCAGUUGAUUAUCACUCUACGAUUGAAGUCGAAGGAGUAAAGUUUACACCAUAUCAUGCCGGACAUGUUUUAGGAGCUUGUAUGUUUUUUAUUGAAAUGGCAGGCGUUAAAAUUCUCUAUACAGGAGAUUAUUCUAGAGAAGAAGAUCGGCAUUUGCAUAUAGCGGAAGUUCCACCCACAAAGCCAGAUAUCUUAAUUACAGAAUCUACGUAUGGUACUGCUUCACACCAACCUCGUCUUGAAAAAGAAGCUCGUCUGCUAAAUAUUGUGCAUUCUACAAUCCGUAAUGGUGGACGUGUGUUAAUGCCCGUUUUUGCUCUUGGAAGAGCCCAGGAAUUACUGCUUAUUUUGGAUGAAUAUUGGAACAAUCACUAUGAUUUACGUCCUGUGCCCAUAUAUUAUGCAUCCUCUUUAGCUAGAAAGUGUAUGGCAGUGUUUCAAACUUAUGUUAAUAUGAUGAACGAUAAUAUCCGUAAGGCUUUUGCGGAACGGAAUCCCUUUAUAUUCAGAUACAUAAAAAACUUAAGGAAUUUGGAUAGAUUUGACGACAUCGGCCCCUCUGUUAUUAUAGCAAGUCCUGGUAUGCUUCAGAAUGGUGUUUCUCGGGCAUUAUUAGAGCGUUGGGCUCCUGAUUCUCGAAAUACGUUGUUAUUGACUGGUUACUCUGUUGAGGGAACCAUGGCAAAACAAAUUACUAACGAGCCUGUUGAAAUAACAUCCAUGUCGGGUCAAAAGAUUCCAAGAAGGAUGGCCGUUGAAGAGCUUUCAUUUGCUGCUCAUGUUGAUUAUAUUCAAAACAGUGAAUUCAUUGAUCAAGUGAAAGCUGAUCAUAUUAUUUUGGUACAUGGUGAACAGACUAAUAUGGGUCGCUUAAAAAGUGCACUGUUAAGCAAAUUCCAUAAUCAAAAGCUUGAUAGCAAGGUUUAUACCCCAAGAAAUUGUGUACCUCUAUUCCUUUACUUCAAAGGAGAGCGUCUUGUUAGGGCUCUAGGAAAAGUUGCUGUCCGUAAACCAACAGAUGGGGAUAUAAUGAGUGGAAUUUUAGUUCAGAAAGACUCAGUUUACAAGCUUAUGUCGGCGGAUGACCUUCGAGAUUUCAGUGAUCUCACGACGACUGUUUUGACCCAAAAGCAAGUUAUUCCAUUCUUUUCUAGUAUAGAGCUGGCUAAAUACCAUUUAAAUCAAAUGUUUGGAUAUGUUAAAGAAGAACGGACAAAAUCUGGCGAAUUGUGUUAUACUGUCAUGGAUGCUAUUCAUUUGAGCAUGCCAAGUGAGCAUAAAUUAACUGUGGAAUGGGCUGGAAACAUUAUGAAUGAUACCAUCGCAGAUUCAGUGAUUACAGUUCUGUUAGGAAUCGAAAGCAGCCCAGCUUCUGUAAAAUUAACAAAUCACAAGUGCGUUCAUGGGCACACUCACCCAAAGAAAUCGAAAGAAGAAGACCGGAUCAAUAAAUUGAUGAUGUUUUUGGAAAGUCAAUUUGGUGAAAGCCUUACAAAGUCAAAAGACGGUGUAUACAUAAAAAUCGAUCAAUACGAAGCUUCUAUCGACUUUUCCACUAUGAAGGUGGAAUGCAAUAAUGAAAUUCUUCGAACAAGGAUUGUCCAUGUCCUUUCUCGAGCCGUAAACACAAUUCUUCCUUUUUCAGAGCCAAUGAAGGGCAAUCUUGACAUUGCAGAAGAACAAGAAAGUGAAGAUGACUCGAAUGAAGAAGCUGAAGAAAUCAAAACAGCGUCUGUUCAUGAAGAAAAAAAGGAAGAACUCACCUAA